UCUUUCAACUGUCAAGCUUUCCAUUAAGAGACCAAAGAGAAAGAAACGUUCUUUUUUCAUAUCCCCAAUUCGCCGUUAACACAGAUGGCUAAUUACUCUCAAGCCCACAUUUGCCAGUGCCUAACCAGACUAUCAACUCUACGUUCAACUUCUGUGGUUACCAUCUCUGGUAAUAGGCAAAAAACAGGACACCAGUUUGUGGGAGAUGUUUUGUCUUUGGCUCAUGGGCUGCUUCAACUUGGUCUUGGCAAUGGUGACAUUGUAGCCAUCUGUGGUUUCAACAGUGAUUGGUAUUUGGAGUGGUUACUUGCUGUUGCAUUUGUUGGAGGCAUAGUUGCUCCUUUGAAUUACCGAUGGGUUAGUACAUCACCUGCCUGUAGCUUCGAAGAAGCAAAAUCAGCAAUGUUAAUGGUAAGGCCAGUGAUGCUGGUCACUGAUGAAAGCUGUAAACACUGGUAUCAAGAGCUCCAGAGUAAUGCUUUACCUUCUGUCAAGUGGCAUGUUUUUUCAGGCUCCCUUUCUUCUGGUUUUGAAAAAACAUCAAAUGUGUUAACUACUGAAACACUUAGGAAGCAUGUCAUAGGAACUAAACAACUGGAUUACUCCUGGGCACCUGAGGGCGCUGUCAUAAUAUGCUUCACUUCAGGAACCACUGGAAGGCCCAAGGGAGUUAUCAUAAGCCAUUCAGCUAUGAUAGUACAGUCCCUAGCGAAAGUUGCUGUUGUUGGUUACAGUGAGGAUGAUGUUUAUUUGCACACUGCUCCAUUGUGCCAUAUUGGUGGAUUGUCAUCAGCCAUAACCAUGCUAAUGGUCGGAGGUUGCCAUGUCUUGAUACCAAAAUUUGAGGCUUCGUUAGCCAUAGAAGCUAUCAAGCAACAUUGUGUUACUUCUCUAAUCACUGUCCCAGCAAUGAUGGCUGAUUUGAUUUCCUUAACCAGGUUGAAAGAAACUUGGAAAGGGAGGCAAUAUGUGAAGAAACUAUUAAAUGGAGGUGGGAGUCUGUCAGCUGAGCUUAUGAAAGAUGCCACUGAAUUGUUCCCAAGAGCUAAGCUUCUUUCAGCUUACGGGAUGACAGAGACAUGUUCUUCUCUAACUUUCAUGACCCUUCAUGAUCCAACACUUCAAACCCCUGCUCAGACUCUGCAGACAGUGGAUAAAACUAAAUCCAGUUCAGUUCACCAACCAAAUGGUGUAUGUGUUGGCAAACCUCCACCAAAUGUUGAAUUAAAGAUAAGUGCUGACGAACCUUCUACCAUUGGCAGAAUUUUAACUAGAGGUCCCCAUCUAAUGCUUAGUUAUUGGGAUCAGAAUCCAAUGAAGGCAACAGAAUCCACCAAUGAUUUUUGGCUUGACACAGGUGACAUUGGUUCCAUAGAUGACUGUGGCAAUGUAUGGCUCGUUGGACGACAGAAUGCCCAAAUCAAGAGCGGUGGAGAGAACAUUUACCCUGAAGAGGUGGAAGCAAUGUUGUUGCAACAUCCAGGAGUUAUUGCCACUGUUGUAGUGGGAGUUCCAGAAGCUCGUUUGACAGAGAUGGUUGUUGCUUGCAUUAAAUUAAGACAAAGUUGGCAUUGGACCAAUAACAAGUGUAAACAAUCUGCAGAAAACAAUCUAACCUUAUGCAGAGAGGUUCUGAGAGACUACUGUAGGGAAAAGAAAUUAACCGGGUUUAAAGUGCCAAAGCUAUUUAUUUUAUGGAGGAAGCCAUUUCCACUGACAACGACUGGAAAGAUAAGAAGGGACCAAGUUCGAAGGGAAGUUAUGUCUCAUCUACAAUUCUUCCCCAGCAAUCUUUGAUUGUUAUGAAUAAUUGAUUGAAUAUGUACCAUUUUUGCUAGCAAAAAACAAAGUAAAAACAUUGAAAUCACUUUGCCACAUCCUAGUUUCCUAGCUUAGAAAUUCCAUCCAAGGCUGUAAUCUUAUGUGAAAUGCCAUAUCCUAGUUUUCCGAGAA